UUACUGCUACUACGAGGGCGAUGGACGGUCAACUACAGCUUCUACUCUCUCUACGGACUCUCGCUCGCUUUCUUUCUUCUCAGCGACGACGCUGCUAAUCACAUUUCGAGUUUCUCGUUAGCCACACUACCAGUCUCACCAUGAACCUCGACCGAGACGGUGAUUCCCAGAUGGCCUCCUCGCCAGAGUCCUCCGUGAUGGCCUCCGACGAAUCCAAUCCAGGCACCCGCACCCCGACCAACACGGUCCCAACCCAUGUCCCUCAAUUCGACGGCUCCGAACUGUCGCCGCCCGGCUCGCAGACCCAGGGUAUCGCCUUCGAUGGCCCCGGCAAGUCUCACGGCCCUGGAGGACAGAUGGGCUCACCCUUGGCAGCCCAGACCUAUCUCGUCCAGGGCGAGCAGCAAUCAGCUCCAGGGGCGUCCUGGAUGAACAAGCGGGCCGAGGAAGAAUUCCAGCGGGCAAUGGAGUUUGUCACCGACCUGGACUUUAGCUUGGAGGAAUUCGGCGAUCCGUUCGACGAUAGGGAUAUGGAGGAGGGAUCCUAGGUUGGGGUUAUUUCUAUGUCCUGCAUCGAAGCCAGUGAAUAGCGUUGGAGGCUGGAGUUCUAGGUGUUGAGCGAAUUUCCUUGUUCUGGGCGGCUGGAUUUUAACGGAACCGCGAUGAAUAUUUAUUACAAGCUUGAUUGGCAAUUAGCCAAUCAUAGAUGAC